AUGGGAACGUUGUCAAAGAAAUACAGGAGUGAUUUGGUAGUUCUGUUAGAACCUAGAGUUAGUGGGGUUCGAGCUGCAAAAAUUAUUCAGAAUUUGGGUUUUGCAAACUCAAUUAUAGAGGAAGCUGUGGGGUUUUCUGGGGGAAUUUGGAUUCUUUGGAAUCAAUCCUCCUUUUCAGUGCAGAUCAUUGAGAAAGAUGAGCAACUCAUCCUGGUGCGAAUUUCUAUUCCUGAUAAGCUACCUUUCUUAUUCACGGCUAUUUAUGCUAAUCCUAGAAUUGAAAAGAGGAAAUUCCUCUGGGAUGAGCUUCGAAGGUUACACUCGACGCAUCAGGAACCCUUGCUCCUUGCUGGUGAUUUCAACGAAAUCAUUUCGCCAAUUGAAAAGAAAGGAGGUGCCCUUGCUGACAUUGGUAGAUGUUCUGAGUUUGCUUCAGUUCUUGACGAUUGCCAACUCAUCGAUCUUGGUAGCUCUGGUCCUUUCUACACUUGGAAAGGGCCUAAGUUUUCUCAUCUGGAUCGCGUCUAUAAGAGGCUGGACAGAGAAGUGGCCAACACUGAUUGGAGACUUAUCUUUGAUGAAGCUAUUGUGAAGGUAAUUCCUAGAAUCCUUUCUGAUCACAAUCCCAUCCUUAUCUCCCUUGUAAAAGAUUCGGCAGCGUGGGAAGAAAAACCAUUCAGGUUCUUUCCUUCUUGGAUUGUGUAA